CACAAACUCGGUCCGGGAUCAGAUCUGCUCGCCCUGCAGAGUGCCCGCUGGUCCGGCGCAAACACUCGAGCGCACGCAGAGAUGCAUUCUGGUUUCUGUAUUUCCAUUGCGUUCAGGAUCCAGGCACUCAGCCGGAUAAACCAAGGAAAGACACAACAGGCAAGCAGGAGCCGUCACGCCAGAAACGCGGGGGGUGGAGAGCAGAGAAGGAUUUGAGCGCGCGAAGGCGCACGGGCUGUAGUGGGGCCAGCCCACUCAGAACUUCCUUCUUCCCUCUCCCCUCCCCUCCGUUCCUCUGGUCGGCCUCCUGCCUCCUCCCCUACCGACUCCUCGCUCUCUCCACACACCACACACACGCACACACACACUUGUGUUUUGUGCUGUCGUAAAACCCACGUGUCCAACCCGGAGGUUGCCAGAGCGAAGCUGAGGAGCCGGGAGGCGGCGGCUGCCCAGCGGCGCAGCACUGAGGCGCGUCUGGCCAGGGUCUUGCUGGGGUCCCGUGCUCGGCGGCGCUGCUCUCGCGUCCUCGGCUCGCAUCCCCAGAGGGCUCCGGGCUGGCCGAUCGCGGAGGCUCACCCCCUGGCCUCCAAAGCAUGUAGCGCACCGGGAAGCACACUGCCCCGCUCGCCGACACGCGCGCAAGCACACACGCACAGCCGGCGGCCCGGAGUUGGAGCUCCAGGCGUCGGACAUGCUGAAGCCGGGAGAGCCCGGCGGCUCGGCCUUCCUCAAAGUGGACCCAGCCUACCUGCAGCACUGGCAGCAGCUCUUCCCCCACGGUGGCGGCGGCGGCGGCGGCGGCGGGCCGCUCAAGGGCGGCGGCGCCGCAGGUCCCCUGGGCGCACCCCAGCCUUUGCAGCCGCCGCCGCCCCCGGAGCGCGCCGAGCCCCCGCCAGACAGCCUGCGCCCGCGGCCCGCUUCGCUCUCCGCUGCCGCGCCCGCCCCGGCCUCCGCCGCCGCCGCCACCUCGUCCGCGUCCUCCUGCGCCGCCGCCGCCCUAGCGGGGCUCUCGGCCCUGCCCGUGGCGCAGCUGCCGGUGUUCGCGCCUCUGGCCGCCGAGCCGCUGCCUCCGAAGGACCUGUGCCUGGGCGCUGCCCCGGGGCUCGGGCCCGCCAAGUGCGGCGGCGGCGACGGCCGGGGCGCCCCGCGCUUCCGCUGCAGCGCCGAGGAGCUGGACUAUUACCUGUACGGCCAGCAGCGCAUGGAGAUCAUCCCGCUGAACCAGCACACCAGCGACCCCAACAACCGUUGUGACAUGUGCGCCGACAACCGCAACGGCGAGUGCCCCAUGCAUGGCCCGCUGCACUCGCUGCGCCGGCUCGUGGGCACCAGCAGCGCGGCGGCCGCCGCACCCCCGCCAGAGCUGCCGGAGUGGCUGCGGGACCUGCCCCGCGAGGUGUGCCUGUGCACCAGCACCGUGCCGGGCCUUGCCUACGGCAUCUGCGCGGCUCAGCGGAUCCAGCAGGGCACCUGGAUCGGGCCCUUCCAGGGCGUGCUGCUGCCCCCGGAGAAGGUGCAGGCGGGCGCCGUGAGGAACACGCAGCACCUCUGGGAGAUAUAUGAUCAAGAUGGGACACUACAGCACUUUAUUGAUGGUGGGGAACCUAGUAAGUCGAGCUGGAUGAGGUAUAUCCGAUGUGCAAGGCACUGCGGAGAACAGAAUCUAACAGUAGUUCAGUACAGGUCGAAUAUAUUCUACCGAGCCUGUAUAGAUAUCCCCAGGGGCACCGAGCUUCUGGUGUGGUACAAUGACAGCUAUACGUCUUUCUUUGGGAUCCCCUUACAAUGCAUUGCCCAGGAUGAAAACUUAAAUGUCCCUUCAACGGUCGUGGAAGCCAUGUGCCGGCAGGAUGCCCUGCAGCCCUUCAACAAGAGCAGCAAACUCACCCCGGCCACCCCGCAGCGCUCCAUCGUUUUCCCACAGACUCCGUGCAACAGAAACUUCUCUCUCUUGGAUAAGUCUGGGCCCAUUGAAUCGGGAUUUAACCAAAUCAACGUGAAAAACCAGCGAGUUCUUGCAAGCCCAACUUCCACAAGCCAGCUGCACUCGGAGUUCAGUGACUGGCACCUCUGGAAAUGCGGGCAGUGCUUUAAGACUUUCACCCAGAGGAUCCUGCUGCAGAUGCACGUGUGCACGCAGAACCCCGACAGACCCUACCAGUGCGGCCACUGCUCCCAGUCCUUUUCCCAGCCUUCGGAACUGAGGAAUCAUGUGGUCACUCACUCCAGUGACCGGCCUUUCAAGUGUGGCUACUGUGGUCGUGCCUUUGCUGGGGCCACCACCCUCAACAACCACAUCCGAACCCACACUGGAGAGAAGCCCUUCAAGUGCGAGAGGUGUGAGAGGAGCUUCACGCAGGCCACCCAGCUGAGCCGACACCAGCGGAUGCCCAAUGAGUGCAAGCCAAUAACCGAGAGCCCAGAAUCAAUCGAAGUGGAUUAACUGAUUGACUGGUUGGAAUUAAACUGCAAGGAAAGUCAUGAUUAAAUGUCAUGGACACUUAAGCAAAACCAAAGAUUUCCUCAGAGCAACUUUCAAUCAGUCCCAGAAAACCAAAAGCAGUAAUAAAAUAAGUAAGAUGUUAAGAGAUAUUGAUCCUGGCAUGGAAGUCAGACCAGGAAAGAGAUUAUUUAUUUAUGACUAGGGAUGAAACUGAUUUCAGUGGACAACUACCCUGGGAUGGCUAACAUUUCCAGUCCUACCAUGUGUUUGCUUUGUUUCUAAAAAGCUUUUUAAAACUGUUAUUUAAUACCAAAGGGAGGAAUUGAAUGAGUUCUUCUGCCCACAUUUUGACUAAGAAUGCACAGGGAUUUGGUUCUCGCUGCACCUUUUUUCAUAGCAUGUUUCGAGGAGACCCAUUGUACAGCCCUUCUUCCUGCUGCUUUGGUUUUGAUCUGGCCUGAUGCUGGCUGCCCUAGCAGGGACCGUGGAAGCAGAAGCGAGCACCUCGCUGUGGCGGUGCCACCUGCAGCCCAAGCGGCUCAUUUCAGCACCCUUACUUCAUAUGUACUUUCAUGAGCUCCUUCUGUCCAACAGCCCCAUCUCAAUGCAGGAAAGCCUGGAAAAGGAAGAAAACCAUUUCAGUUUCAAAAUUCAAAGGGAAAUGUGGGGGACUUCAUCCUGUCAGGAUUUCAAAAACAUUUAAAAUGUAUGGAGCCUCAUAAUACAGUAUAUUGUUCCGAAGCGGCUAGUUGAGAAAAUUUUGUUUUCAAUAACAUUUUAGCUUUAAAAACAAAAAAUGGAAAUAAAGUUCUCCGGUUUGAGGCUAAAUAUAAGGUAUUAGGCUUCAAGUAAUUUUUUGUUGUUUCUGUCCUACUGUUGAGUCCGUGCACAAACUGAGCGCCGAGCCCAGUGCCAUCCAUGGUCAUCUCAGUACAAAGGGCUUCAUUUCCUUCCUGUAUAUGUGGAGCCUGGGCAUCCUCUGUAAAAUAGUCCAGACAAAGCAACACUGAGAAGAGGAGCCAUAGAGAGGGUUGUGGUUAGACCAGACUGCCGAUGACCAGCUAGUUUUAUCAAUAGGAACUGUUUCUCUCCUGAGAUUGAUUAAUCCAAAGAGUUGUGUACACAGUUUCACUGUUCUUUGAUUGAGUGUCUUGGAAAGUGAGUUUCACUCCAGCUAGCCUCCUGGUAGGUCAACAGUGGUGCUCAGAGAAUUGGGUCAUAUUCCAUGAAAUCAUCCUGCAUCUGGAGGAAACAUGGCUCCCACAGCUGUGGGUCCAGCCUCUCAGAAGCUGAGUUUACCUCUAUGGCCAGUGGGGAUAGUACUCAAUUUACUUACAGUGUUUAAUAAAAAGUUCUGUUUGUAGGUUUCUUGGUCACUUAAUAGCAAGUUACGGCCUUUUAAAGAACUUAUCUUUGAGUUCUCCCAUUGUCUUCCUUCUGAGAGAGAGAGAGACAGACAGACAGACCGAACUCACUACUGAAAGGCAUGGAGCCUGAAGUUCAGAUUAAUCUAUCUCAUGUAUUGUUCUCUAAAAAUCUUCCUUUUCUUUUAAUUUUGCUUCUCUAUUCCUUAGCAUCCAAAUGUCACAUGUAAAAUGGGAUAAGAUAGGGCCACGUUAAUAUAUUUGUAGUUAAAAUAAUCUCUAGGAUUGUGGGCCACAAAGAAAAAUUUGGCUAAUUUUGACCCCUGUCUCCCAGUCUCAAGUCAUUCACCUAAAGUCUACUCCCCUCUCCCUGUUGGCUCCUUGUCAUGACAGUCACAUGCAAUCUGCGCUGCUGUGGCACUGUUUUUAGUUGGAAGUGUUUUCUCUGGUAGGUAGGAAUGUAUUAUGACCUUACAGUUCCCUGCCCUCUGUUACUGGGACAUUUGCCGACAAUGUGUGUCACUGGGAAGAGUGGAAAGACUGUGUAGCCACGUUAACCUGACACUCGUAAGAAAAUGAUAGAUCAGCUGUAGAGAUGACCAAACUCUUCCAUAUAUUAAGGUUCAAACAUUUGGUUGAAAUUUUUGAAAAAGAUAAUAAGGAACUUAUCUCUGUGUUCGUAAUUUAUUUUCAGUGAGAAAAAUUAGGUGGGUCAUUUGCUUCAUUUUCCAGUUGAACAAAAGGUAGCCCACUCAUGAACCACAAAUGCAGGAAUUAGAAGGCUCCACUUCUCCUUGAUAGCUGGCAUGAGGAGAGUUUAUAUAACAAUGAUUUCUGCCACCCUAAUGGCUUUGCUUGCUGGUCCCAAACUCCCACUGAAUGUGGCAGUAACCUCUACCAAAAGAGUCUUUAGCAUUCUGCUCCAUUUAAGUCUAUUAUUUUCUUCUCUAUUAUUAAGACUUUCACAUAUAUAAUUCCACCAAAUUUGGUCAGGAAAUAUUUAUUGCUUAACAAAUAGAAAAUUGGAUAUUUAAUAUUUCAAAGCAUUUGGGAACUUUCACAAUUGCCACCUUACUUAUCCAUUAUCACCUUCCAGCAAAGCAGAGUAGGCCGUCUGUCUAUAAGACAAGCCUGCACCUGCAGAUUGACAUGGAGCCCUGGAGUGUUCCAAAUGCUUUUCAUCAGUUUGCGUGCUAGGAAGGGAGUUUCUCCUUGAAACCUCUCAACACUAGAAAGGCUUUAGAGUUUCCUACUUAAAAUGGAUACAGUAAAGGAGUGGCAGGGUUUGCUGUCAUAAAGAUAUACCAGUUUGCUUUACUAGAAACUUCAUAACUAAUAAUGGCAUGAAGAGAAGAGAAACUUGGAAUCACUGAGGAAAGGGGAUCCCGAAGGCAGACGGUGAUGGUCAGUUGAAUCAGGGUUUGGCUCUCGCAGCAAACCCUCUUUACCCCUUUCUGUCAAUGGGGCAGAAGAUUGGUUUUUGCUGUGGUUUCCAGAGCAAGACUUUCCAUCCUAGCAUAUGUUUUGAGAAGAAUCUAAGCCAAAGGGUAACACUAGAUAAAAGUCAUAGUGGAAGAGGAUGAGGGCUGGGUCUGUAGACCAUCACUUUUCUAGAAAAAUCUCAGUCAUCUAAAAGAAAGCCAAAUACUUUGCCCAGGAAAUGUGCAUUCUCUUUGAAUAAGCUUUUCAUUUUGGUUCUGUCUUUAUCUUUAAUAUUUACUUUUUCAAGGGACAUAUGGAUAAAGCUGUAAAGCUUAACUUUGUAUAACUGAUAUAAUUUGAUUCAAUUUUUCAGUGCAUUUUUAUUGAAUAUUCAUUCAAAUGUAGCUUGUUAAGAAACUGUAACAAAAGACUGUAAUACCACUUUUUUCUUCACAUGGUUAUAAUUUAUUGGAAUUUACUCUGGAAAAACUUUCUAGUCCACCAAUACAAUACUUAUAAACAUUUGCAAACUCAUCAAUUUUUUCAUCAAUUGAUUGGUUCAUUGGUCCAUUCAUUUAGUCAACAAAUAUUUACUGAACUCUCAUUUUCUGUCAAGACCCCAUUGUAGGUGUUUGUCAUUAUUUAAGUAACUAUUGGUAAGAAAAUAAUAUUGUCCUAUGUAACCAACUAGAAGCCUGAGUAAUUUAGCCCUUUGCACAAUUGUCUGAGUGGAUUUGUAGAGAUUACUACAAUUGGAAGAAUUUGAGAGAUGGAAACUCAAAUGGGGAUCAAAAGCAAUGUCUUUCAAAACAAAUUCAGAUGCACAACUUGGUUGUCUUUAGUUUGCCCGUCAGACUUUUGGUUCUUUGCCACAACAUUAGGAGACCAGGAUUAGGGUCAGUGUCUUAAAUUUUUAUGAUCCUCUUUCAGUGAUAAGGCAGCAAAUGGCAACAGGGCUAGAGUUGCUCUGGGAAGGAAAGCUAAAUGGAUCCUAAAUGGGUCUGAGGCUCCUCCCUAGUGACAAGCCUUGGCAAUGCAGCCCCUGUCCCCAGUGUGCAGCUGUGAUGCUCUCAGAGGUGGGGCUCCCAAAUGGUCUCCUUCAGAAGCACAGUACUUCAUUGUACACAGGUCCUUCAGAGAGCACUAGGAGAUAGAUAUUUAUCAGUGGCUUAAAAAUCACAGUUGUUUGGUUAAGUUCAAUAUUUUCUUUUCACUGUCAAAUUCCUUAUGCAUUAAAAUUAGAGGCUCUAUAGUGGCACCAUCCUCUCAGGCCAUAGGUCUCUGGAACAUCAUUGCAAAACUAAUUGCUACUAACUGUUUAAAAGAAAUGCUCAAUUGCUUUUCAUAGUAGAGAUAGCAUUACUAACUACAUUUGUUUUACACUAAUUUUAAAAAUCAAAUGUAAGUAUCUGUUGAGUUCUUUAAAAUGGGAAGCACGGCACAUCUCACAGAGGAGGAUGUUUCCAGAGUGGUAUGGGCCAGCGAGUUGCUCUGAGCAUACCCAGCAACAUUGUGUUUAGGAACAAAUCUGUGGCUCUCCUAUUAAGAUACACAUGCCUACAGAAACCAGGCCAGGUUAACAGGCUCCUUGAUAGGAAUUUAAGCUUGUUUCCCAGAGCCUCACUGAUUCCUGACACCAAAUCCUGAAAGGUACUGAGAUAGGCUUCUUUGAAUGAUAACAGUAGGUUCCAGAAAUGCCAUUCCUUUGCCAUGAUCCUUUCAAGGGAAGAGCUCUGGAGACAUUUUACAAAGUGACUAGAUGUUUGGGUACUUAUCUACCCAAGAGCCUGAGUUUUCUCAUCAUUAGUAUUUAUCUAACCUACAACAAAAUAACAACACAGAGUCCCAGGAAGAGGCACAUAUUUCAGCCCUGUGCCAGAUUAAAUUCUACAGACCCAAAGAUCAGCUGUCAGAUGCAUGGUCAGACAGCCAAACUGAAAUAUCUCUGGAAGCCUUGCCACAGACACUCAGCUUGUUGUACAUUGUUAUAUUUAACAUUUAAAAUACUCAUUUAGUUUCUUCUUUUAAAAUAAUGAUGUCAAAUGGUUCAUCAGAUCAAUAUAUGAAAUGCCAAAACCCAAAAGUACUUUAGAAAACAGGGCAAAGACAUGAAACCCUUGUAUUGUCUUCCCUAUAUUCUGAAGAUCCCACCAUUGUACUUAGAAAAGAAUCUGUUGAGUACAUUUUAAAGUAAAAAUAAACUUGGAGUGCAUCUCCUCAGAUUUUGAUGGAGAUGAUAAUGAAUGUAACUUCUAUUGCAUAAUUUCCUUCAAAUAUUUUUCCAACUGCUUAGCACAGAUUAUCUAGCUUAUCCUUAGGUGCUCUAGAACAGACAUACUACCAUUAUCCCUUUCUCUCCUCAUAUAUACUUAACAGUAUCAUCUUGGCAGCUGUUUUACUCUGCUCCCAGCAAAAAAUUUAAUUUUUGGGAAAAUGCUUCCCUAUGCAAAGCUUCUCUUUGAGAACAAGAACUUUUUAAAAUUAACAAACAUAGGCAUAAUUUAUAAAACAUUUUUAUGAAAACAAUGCUAAGAGACUCUUAAGCUAUGUGUCUUUGUAGUUGUUGAUUUUGUAAUCUCCAAUUUUGUGUUGCUGGGGAGCAGAAUUUCAAAUAUCUCAUUGCUGGCAGGCACUUUUUGUUUUUCUAAACAUGCAACUAAAAUUCCACAUUAAAAGAGAAAAAAAAAACCACUUCAAGUGUGUGAAAUGCAUUAGGAAAAAUAGCAACAGGCAGGAAGGGCAGUUAUGUUGGAGAGUAGCCAAAAGAGAACUAGGCUCGAACACUAUUGACAAGUGAAAACAAAUCCUGAAUGGGGCUAAGUGAAAUCUAGUGCUCUUCCUUUGUUCUGACUGAAUGCUGAGUUACUUUUCAGGCAUCAAUGGAGUAAUUAUGCAGUUGUGUCCAUUAAGAAUAUGGGCUUAUGUUGUUCAUCCUCUGCUUUAAAUAGUGAGGCAGAAACACUGGACUCAUUAUAGGUUUGGUUUGUCAAAGGCAUAGAUAUUGCAGUUAUAUACAUGAGGUACUCAAGGAACAUGUUCAAGUUUUUCAACAUUAGAUCAAACUGUGAGGUUUGCUCAAAAAAUAAGUGUACAAAAUUUCUUUGUGAACUGGAUUUAUUACCAGGCAGUUCCUGCCUGUGGUACUGAAACCAUGGUAUCUGUUACCUUCCUUCAGAUUCUGAUCCUAAUAGGCACAUUGUGAACACAGUGAUUGUGUUUUUCAUGUCAAUUGAACAUGGUGGGCCCCUACUUGGUAUUUCCUGUUUCCUGCCUUGCAAAAUAUCCCUGUUGCUGCCUCCCCACUCCUCCAAAAACUUGGCACAUCAGUCCUGAGCUAAAAUAAUCUUUAUAUAAAUUUACCAAGUUAGAGAUACAUUUUUAUAGCAGAACUCUUUUGUGUUUAAAAAAAUCCGGCCACAACAGGUGAUUCCCAUAUGUUAGAGGGGAGCGGCCAUUCUAGACCAAACGUCCCCUAACUUUCAGUCCAUCUUGGUCCAAACUUAAGCACUGUGUAACGCUAACAGAAUCAGCCCUGUAGUCUUGCUUUCUCUGAACAAUCCUGCACACGCUCUCAAAUUAGUACCAACUUGAAGAGGAUGAAAAAACAAAACCAGACAAAUUCUACUUGGAACUUCUAGUUACUUUAUGAAAGAGGCGUCUUCUCCUUCAAAUGCAAGGGCCAAGGUGGUAACUAAAAUAUGAAAGAAAAAUUUGGCUUAGACUAGCAAGGUUACUUAGGAAACCUAAUGUUCCCAAGUUAAUUGAUUUUGUUAUGUCAAGGGAAGGCAUUCAGCUUUGUAGUGUGCUAAUAGAAGUGUGGUGUUUAGGUGCUAUCAGGGCAUUGUGUAAAGUUCCUUAAUAUAAUUAUUUAAAUAUACUGUAAAUGUUUUUCAUUGGAAUAGAAAUAUGCCUAUCUCUGUCUUCCCACCAAAUAAAAUGGCCAGGAUGAGCUCAAUUUCAGUUCUGCUUUCUGAAGUUUGGAAAAUGUAAACAUACCAGCUAGGAGAGGGAGAAACUCCCUGUGGGUGGCGAGGAGCAUGCGGACAGUUUGCUUCAAGGACCAGUGAUAAGACAAGAAUGACGGCCCUGCAGUUAGAAGGGAAACAUUUGCUUAUCUCCUUUUUAACUUUAUUAAAGUCACCUCUUAAAAAGAAAAAAAAAUUGCAAAAAACCAAUGAGAUCAUGCAUGCUGCUGUAUUCUUGUGAUAGAAUCUACCAGGAUUACAUUGUAAUUUAAAUGAAAAACAGGCACACAUUUAGAGAUCAUUGACCAAGAAAUGUAAAUACGUUUGAUUAAUAAAACAUUUCUAUGAUGACUUGA